CGUCCGGGGGAACAUAGAGGAAGGGACGCCGUCGGACGAGGGCUUGUGUAGGGGCUUUGCGCGGUGGCGGCGGCGGGAGCUUGGUGUUCUUCUUGCUCUUCUUCUUUUUAUUCGGCCUCGCGGUCUCCUCGCCUUCGUCGUCCGACGAGCGCUGGCGCUUCGGCGGCGACGCUCGGGAGGCGCUGAGCAUGUACGUGCAGCGGAUGUUCGCAACGACGCAAUGGCUGCAAGGGUCGUGGCCCGAGCAGUGCGCCCUGGUCCUCCGGCAGUUGUCGCACUUGCGGAUCCUGCCCUGGCUCGAUGGUGAUAUGGCCUCGGCGUUUUGCCCACCGGACGGCGGGUAGUGCUCCGGCUCCGGCUCCGGCUCCG